UUGCAGAUCCGCAAUGACUCAGCAUUAACCAUAGUAACCCACGCGCAGAACAGGAACUUCCGAGCAUGCGUACUUCGCUGUGCGGCAAAAACACACGGAAGUGCCCUACGUUUUUUCCGCCACAAAUCAACGUCACACCAGCGAUUCUAUUGUAUCAUUUCUUCGUACCAAAUGCCUGCCAGUUGCUGCGCUAUCGGCUGCAGUAAUCGUGGGGGUGGGGAAAAUCACCAUAAAUUCUUUCGAAUUCCGAAAGAGGAAGAUGUUCGUAAGAAAUGGAUUUUUGCCAUUCGCCGCAAAGACUGGACACCAACCGAAUAUUCCCGCAUUUGCAACGAGCAUUUUCAGAAAGGUCGUCCCUCAAAGGAUCCAAAUGAUGCGGACUAUGUGCCAAGUCUGUUUUCCUUCAAAACAGAGAAUGCUGCUACCACAAAACAGAGAAUAAACAGGCAGAACCGUUUGAAAGAGAGGCAAGAGAACGCUCAGCGCAGUGUAGCUGCAUCAGCUCUUCUGUCUAUUGCUAGUAUUGAUGAUGAUAACAGCCCUGUCAGUGUGAGUGUCCAGACUGAUCCAAUGAUGACAGCUCGAUCUUGCUAUCCUGCAUCAUCGCAGACUAACAUACAGAACCGCGAGAUCGAAGACCUGCUUUCCUGGAAAGAAUAUGCCUUGCAUCUUGAGAUGACCAACCGUGUCCAGGAGAAGUACAUCAGCACAUUGGAAAAGCAAGUUGACCUCACACAGACCCUAGUUCAGUCCUUACAAGUUGACAUAUGUAAAUUGAAGAAAACUGUAUCAGAGCUUAAAGUGGAAAAUACCAGAGUAUGCUGCAUGAAGAACAUUAAAAAAACUAAUGACAAACAGUUGUCAUUUUAUACAGGUCUACAGAAUGUUAGUGUAUUUAUGGACAUUUGCAGCGAAACUUCUCAUCAUGUCAAUAGGAAGAAGAACAAGCUUUCUGAUGAGGAUGAACUCCUCCUAACUCUGAUGAAAUUGAGGAAGAAUUUAUGCAUGCAGGACUUGGCAUACAGGUUUGGUAUAUCUAAGUCAUCGGCUACGAGGAUCUUUCACGCAUGGCUUGAUGUACUGUACAUCCACCUUGGAAGACUAGUGUUGUGGCCUGAUACUAUUGAAAUGCACCUACCCAAGUGUUUCCGCAACAAGAUUUUCAGAAGAGUAAGAUGCAUCAUUGACUGUACAGAAAUCUUCAUCGAGAGAGCCAGUAACAACAAAGCCAGAUCCCAGACUUACUCAAGGUACAAGCAGCACAACACAGUGAAGUUCCUUAUUGGUAUCAGUCCAUCAGGAGCCAUCAUCUUUCUGUCCCCUGUAUGGGGUGGACGAGCCAGUGACAAGAUCAUAACUCUCACAAGUGGCAUCAUUGACAAGUUUGUGCCAGGUGAUGUUGUUCUGGCUGACAGGGGCUUUUUCAUCGACACUGAAUUAGCAACUCGAGGGGCACAGCUUAUGGUACCAGCGUACACAAAAGGCAAGAACCAGCUGUCAAGACAAGAAGUUGAAACAUCCAGAGUAUAUUCCAAUGUGCGGAUACAUGUAGAGCGAGUGAUUAACCGUUUGAAAGACUGGGGUGUGAUGAAAGGUCCUCUCCCUAUCACUCUUGUCAAGAAAGCGAACACUUCAACAGAGACCACUGUUGGAAAGAUGGUUCAAGUAUGCGCAGCUCUUGUGAACCUGUGUCCUCCAAUACUAGAAUAGUGGUCUACAUAGUAUACAUGUAUAUAACAUAAGUAUUGGUAAUGAAGUUGUGCUGAGUAGUGGAUCAAUUUCAGUUGACAUGAUAAACAUAAUUGAUCCUAGUACUAUUGCUAUGUUCUAUAUCCUUGUUCUGCUAAGUUAGUUUUGAACAAGUAGAUGUUAAAUUACCGGUACAUCGUAAACACUUUUUGAUACAAAAAAAAGGAACUGUUGAUGUUAUCAACAUUUAUUAAUGUACAGAUAUAUUCAGCUUUUUGUCUUAAUAUUUCAUUUAUCAUGACAGGUGAAUUAUAUACGCAUUGAAGCACAUGUAACACGUGUGGCGUCUCCUUGGGCAAGUGACUUUGUUUGAAAUGUGCCUCUCUUCACCUAGCAGUGAAUGGUUACCCGUUAGGAUGAGAUGACAAUGUGGUUGUUAACCUUCUAUCGCCUAAAAGGCAGCUUGGGUUGUAUACUGUAAACAGGGAAUUUUUUGCGACCGUUUUAUUAUUGCGAGUUUUGCGAACGAGACUCAAUCGCAAAAAUUAAAAAAGCAAAAAUAAGUAUAAAUAAUACAUACAUACUUUAUUCAUUGCAACACGUCAUCAAACGUUGAAAUCUUCAACCAGAACCACAAGUUACUCAAUAAGUUAAAAACACAAAUGAAUGCAGAAUGGUCACACAAUACAUCACAAAUGACAGUGUUAACAGACCAAUUAGUGUCACUGUUACCUCACAGUAAUCAAUUAUCAACACAUCAACUCGCAAAAAUAUCUCGUCGCAGUAUUGUCUUUGGUGUGGUAUUCGGAAUAUUUUAACGGCGAAGAAAUAAAGCUGUUUACAGUAAUCCCCAGGGAGCUGAGAAUGAUUCUUGAGUGCACAUUGACCCAGUGACCAGGGUAAUAGCGCUUUGAGCAUGCCCCUGAGUGGGGUGGAAACAUGUGCAAUAUAAAUAGCAUAUUAUUAUUAUAAUUAUUUAUCACAUAUAAACAAACUAAGAAAUUAGGUGUUUAUAUUUGCUGCAUAUCACUCUUUCCACACAAGUGCUACAACUUAAGUGCUUCCAAACAUAAUUAUUGAUGUGUGAUGUGUAACAAUAAGUUCAUGAACAACUGAACAUGAUGUAGA